AUGGCUGCGCGGUAUACGCCGCCGCGCUCCUUGGGCCAACACAGAGCCUCGUUGCGAGAUAGCAACGGCAACAACGAAAGCCCUAUCCCUCGCAGUGUCCCCGUGCCGCUAGAUAACAUGCCUCCCCGAGGCUCCGGUGGCGCCGCAGACCUCGACUCGACAUCACAUCCAAAACCUCUCCCGACUCCCAGCAAAUCCGGAUCCCCUCUUCCUUCCAACCUCUUCCCCUCUGCACCUGCCUCGCCGCCGACUCCAGCGCCCAGCCCAACGCCUCAUCACAACUUGUCUGGCUGGCGACCCGCCGAAGAUGAUGAUGGAGAUGUUGGAAACAACCUGUUAUUGAAGGCCCAAAUACACUUUAGCUCGCUGGGCAGUGCCCAGAGGCAGAAAUUUCUCGUGGACAUCUUGAACCUCUGCGAUAACCAACAGCUUAGUUUUAUCUCGAGUGUGAUCGGUCCACGAUUAAGGAAGGAUCCCUUUCAGGCUUUUCCAAAUGAAAUCUGCCUGAGGGUGCUUUCGUUCAUUGACGACCCCCGAACUCUCGCCCGAGCUUCGCAGGUUUCGAAGCGAUGGCACGAACUUCUCAACGACGAUAUUACAUGGAAACACUUGUGCGAUCGACAUGCAUACGCAUAUCAAAGGAUGUCUGACGAUGAACGGGAAUUUGUUGAUCCUUUCCACAAUAGACGUCUUUCUUCAUUCAGUUCAGAGAGUCAGCCUUUCUCGAGCUGGAGAAGAAGGUCGACAUCGUCUGGCAGCGAUACUAUAGACGUCAUGUCCACAGCAGAUGACCAUAUGGAGUCGUCUUGGCCGAUGUCUCCGGUCUAUAGACACCGGGUUCAGCCUUCCUCGUAUCGAAUUCAUUUUAAACAAAAGUACAUGGUCGAGUCAGCAUGGAAUAAAGGCGGUCGGUGCUCCCUGAGACACAUAACACCCGAUCAGGGUGUUGUGACGAGUCUUCAUUUGACACCAAAGUAUAUCGUCGUUGCACUGGACAAUGCCAAGAUUCAUGUUUACGACACGCACGGUGGAAGACAAAGGACGCUACAUGGUCAUGUUAUGGGUGUAUGGGCCAUGGUUCCUUGGGAUGAUUUAUUAGUUAGUGGCGGCUGUGACCGAGAGGUGCGGGUGUGGAACAUGGUUACAGGGGCAUGCACUCAUCUGCUCCGUGGUCAUACAUCAACGGUACGAUGUUUGAAAAUGUCAGAUAAAAACACAGCAAUUUCAGGUUCACGGGAUACGACCUUGAGAAUAUGGGAUCUUGUCACUGGAAAUUGCCGUGCUGUUCUAGUCGGCCAUCAGGCCAGUGUCAGGUGCCUUGGCAUCCAUGGCGACUUGGUUGUUUCCGGGAGUUACGACACAAUGGCUCGAGUUUGGAGUAUCUCGGAAGGACGGUGUUUACGCACGUUGACCGGACACUUUAGCCAGAUCUAUGCAAUUGCUUUUGACGGCCGCCGAAUUGCGACUGGCAGUUUGGAUACCAGUGUACGCAUAUGGGAUCCAAAUACGGGCCAGUGCCAGGCUGUUCUGCAAGGCCACACAUCCCUUGUUGGACAACUGCAGAUGAGAGGAGACACGUUGGUUACCGGUGGGUCAGAUGGCUCUGUGCGAGUUUGGUCGUUGAACCGCAUGGCGCCCAUCCAUCGACUUGCCGCACACGACAACAGCGUGACCAGCUUGCAGUUCGAUAGCACUCGCAUCGUCAGUGGCGGUAGUGAUGGCCGGGUCAAAGUUUGGAGCUUGAAGACCGGUCAACUGCUCCGGGAAUUGUCUACACCUGCAGAAGCCGUGUGGAGAGUCGCUUUCGAAGAAGAAAAGGCCGUUAUCAUGGCCAGCCGGGCGGGUCGUACGGUAAUGGAGGUCUGGUCUUUUGCCCCUCCUGCUGAAGACCUGUUUGACGACAACGUGUUGGUCGAGAUGAAUAAUCCACAGUGCGAUGAGGCGCGGCCGGGUUGUCGCAAUUGCGGAAUAUACGGCAAGGAAUGUCCAGGAUAUCGCCCAGCCAUCGUCUUCCCAGACGAGAGCAGCAACAAUAGCAACAGUAAUAGCAACAGCAGCAGCAACAGCAGCAACAACAACAGCAGCAAUAACGACACGGCGAAUCCCAAGAAAUGGAAAUCGCUAGCCCGAGAUCGACGGUUCACCGAUGCCGCGUACUCUGCAAACGCCGACACGGAUGACUAUGCCUUGGUGCCGAGACCGCGCUGGCUCGCGGAAUCCAGCAUGGAGGAUCGAGCACUGUGUUAUUUCUUCGAUCAGUAUACAAUCCCGGAAACCCCGACGGGCGCCCCCGGUGUCCUAGAGUCGAUUCCCCCGCUUUAUGUGUUGUGCCGCGAAAACGAAGUCGCCGGGCAUCCGUCGUCGUGUCUACGAUGGGCAGUCGACGCCGCCGCGUUGAGCUCCUUUGCACAUGAGGCUAAUGACCCUGAUUUGGCUCUCAAGGCAAGAAAGAAGUACGGAAUGGCCUUGCAGAGUCUCCAGGGGACGCUCUCGUCGCCGGUUGAGAAGGUCCAGGAUGGCACGUUGGCUGCAAUUCUUUUGCUGGUCCUUUUUGAAGACAUCAAUGGCGAGCGCACAACCCUGCAGAGCUCACACACGGCAGGCCUUGAGCUAUUCGCGCGUCUGCAUAAGCAUAGGAGGCUGGACGGCAAGUAUAGCCGGUGUCUUUUCAAUUUUGCAUAUACACAGCUGCAAAUACAAAUACUAGGCCUAGGCGGUCGACCGCGGUUUGAUUUACAAUCUCUAAUCGAGCUCUUUGACUCAUCCGAUCCACUACAAAGCCUCAUGAGCACAGUGACCAAACUCAGCCAGCUCAUUGUGGAUGCCCCGGCUCUGCUCACCACACCACCCCCGGAUGCGCCAAUGCCGGGUACUGAGGCUUUGUUUAAUUACCUGACAUAUGCCCGGUCCCUCGACACUGAACUCAGCCACUGGUGCCGAAACGUGCCCGAGCAGUGGCUCCCGCGGAUCGUGUAUUCGACUACUGGAGAAUCCAUCAUCACAUACGCGAGCAUCUCUACGGGCUCGUUAUGGAACUUUUACCGUUCUGCCCGCAUCAUUCUGCAGGGGGUAAUUGACAAUAUCGUCAAUAAACUCGAAGCAUUCGGCGAAACACCAUCACCUGUGGACGAUUUCAUGAUUAUUGACGAGAAUAAUACCCCUGACAACUCAACGUCGGAAAAAAGCACCCCCUACGAAAUCGUGCAGAACAUGAUUGUCGACGUGUGCAGGAGCAUUCCUUUUACCUUGGGCGAUGUUGACUCUAGUGGAAAUCCUCUUAAUAACAGCAACUUCAACAAUACCGACCCGGAGAACAUGAGCGCCAGUAAUACUCCGAACCACAGCUCUCGGUUACGUGCGAUUGAAGGCUACGAGCUGCUCUGGCCGUUUUGGCAUAUCCUGACAUGCCACUUUUCGACCCCCAAGCAGCGCAGACAGGCCAAGGAUGCAUUGACACGGCUGAACGCCGAGUUGGGAAUCAAGCUGGCGUCGAAACUGGUGGCUUUUGCUGAUUUUUGA